CAGGAUUGGAGGCUAGUAGUGAGUGACUGCGGAGAGAGAGAGAGACUGAAGAGAAGAGAGCAGAGCAGAAGAGAGAUCUAUAGUAGCAGUAUCUCUGCUGGAUACCUCUUCAAUAUUUCAAUCAGAAUUCUUCCUUGACCAGCUCGAGCCUCACACUUCCCACCGGACCCCCCAUCACCCAACCCUUAGGAGGGGGACAUAUUAACAGCACAGAGGGUUUACCACCCCGGACCUCCACACAGGGAGCCAUGUGAUACCCCCUUGCUCUGCUGAAAUCCCCCCAAAUCGGUGCUCUGAAUCGGGAUUGAAACCAAGGAUUGUAUUCCCCCUGCCUGAAACCCCCUCCUGGGUUUGUGGAUCUUCUCUAACUGCAGGAGGAGGAAGGGAAGGGAGGGACAGCCAGGUCUCUGUAUACCCGGUUGGGAGACACUCUUCUCUGGGCAAGUGUGGGGUGUGUACCCCCCUUGGGCUGGAGGCCAGCGCUCCAGCACCAUGGAUUACCUACCUGGGAUUGUACUGUUGCUGCUGUUCUGCGGGGCGGUGGUGCCGGGGCAGGGGGAGCCCAAGCACAGCGUCCCCAGGUUAAAGCUCUCCUACAGGGAGAUGGUAGAAUCCAGUAACCUCAUCACUUUCAACGGCCUCACCAACAGCUCCGGCUACAACACCUUCCUAUUGGACGAGGAGAGAGGAAGACUGUUGGUGGGUGCCGAGGACCACGUCUUCUCCUUCGACUUGGUCAAUCUCAACAGAGAGCACAAACAGAUCGCAUGGCCAGCCACGCCCUCAAAGCGUGACGAGUGCAAGUGGGCGGGGAAAGACCUCGGGAAAGAGUGUUCCAACUUCAUCCGAGUGCUCCAGCCCUACAACUCCACCCACCUGUAUAUCUGUGGUACAGGGGCCUUCCACCCCAUCUGUGCCUACCUGGAGAUGGGCAAACGGGCAGAGGACAACAUCUUUCGACUGGAGUCGUCCCACUUCGAGAACGGCCGCGGGAAAAGCCCUUACGACCCCAAGAUGCUCUCUGCGUCCAUCAUGUUAGAUGGGGAGCUGUACUCUGGCACGUCGGCAGACUUCAUGGGAAGGGACUUUGCCAUCUUCCGUACCCUGGGGGAGCAUCAUCCUAUCAGGACUGAGCAACAUGACUCUAGAUGGCUCAAUGACCCCAGGUUUGUAGGUGUAAACCUGAUCCCAGAGAGUGACAACCCUGAGGACGAUAAGAUAUUCCUGUUCUUCAAAGAGAACGCCAUGGACGGAGAACACACUGGCAAGGCCACUAUCGCCCGCAUAGGACAACUGUGUAAGAAUGACCUGGGAGGUCACAGGAGUCUGGUCAACAAGUGGACCACCUUCCUCAAGGCCAGACUGACCUGUUCAGUGCCAGGCCUCAACGGCAUCGACACACACUUCGACGAGCUGCAGGAUGUCUUUCUGAUGAGCUCCAAAGAUCCUAAGAACCCAGUGAUCUAUGCUGUCUUCACCACUUCUAGUAACAUAUUCAAAGGCUCAGCAGUGUGUAUGUACAACAUGGCAGACAUCCGGAGGGUCUUCCUGGGUCCCUAUGCCCACCGAGAUGGGCCCACCUACCAGUGGGUACCCUUCCAGGGGAGGGUGCCCUACCCCCGCCCUGGCACGUGCCCCAGUAAAACGUUUGGGGGCUUUGACUCCACCAAGGACCUCCCUGAUGAUGUGAUCACCUUUGCGCGGGGCCACCCGGCCAUGUUUAACCCCGUGCACCCCAUCGGGGGUCGUCCCAUCGUGGUGAGGACUGAUGUGGACUACCAGUUCUCCCAGCUAGUGGUAGACAAGGUGGAGGCCGAGGACGGACAGUACGACGUCAUGUUCAUUGGAACAGACCUGGGCACGGUCCUGAAGGUGGUUACCAUCCCAAGAGAGAGCUGGCAUGACCUGGAAGAGGUGGUCCUGGAGGAGAUGACCGUGUUCAGGGAGCCCACCCCCAUCACGGCAAUGGAGCUUUCCACCAAACAGCAACAGCUGUACCUGGGCUCGGCGCUAGGCGUUUCCCAGAUGCCUUUGCACCGCUGUGAGGUGUACGGGAAGGCUUGCGCUGAGUGCUGUCUGGCCCGCGACCCCUACUGUGCCUGGGAUGGAACAGAGUGCUCCCGUUACUUCCCUACCGCCAAGCGGAGAACGAGACGCCAGGACAUCAGGAAUGGAGAUCCCCUCUCCCAGUGCUCUGACCUGCAGCAUCAUGAUGACGUGGACGGGCUGGGUCAUGUGGAGGACAGGAGUGUGUACGGAGUGGAGAACAGCAGCAUGUUCCUGGAGUGUAGUCCCAAGUCCCAGAGAGCCCUCAUCUACUGGCAGCUCCAAAGACCCAACGAGGACCGCAAACAUGAGAUAAAGUCGGAGGACAGGGUGAUCCGCACGGAGCAGGGCCUGCUCAUCCGCAUCCUCACCCAGGCCGACUCAGGCGUCUACACCUGCCACGCUGUGGAGCACGGCUUCAUCCAGCCCCUCCUCCGCCUCUCCCUCCAGGUCAUCCCCACACAGAGGCUUGGUGAUCUGCUGCCUGGUGGGCCACAGGGUGGAGCUGGAGGGUCUGGUGGCGCAGGUAGUGGGUCUGGUGGUGCAGGUGGGCCUGCUGGUGCAGGGCACUCAACAAAACACAAGCUGUGGUACAGGGAUUUCCUCUCCCUCCUCGACCACCCUGACCUGAACAGCGUGGAGGAGUUCUGCGAGCGUGUGUGGCGGAAGGAGCGCAAGCAGCGGCGUCUGAAAACUCCCACCAUCACCACCAAUGACCAAAGUCUGGCUAGGCCUGACGGCGGAGCUCUAAGCUCAGGCCUAAAGCCUAAAAGUAGUCCUCUUGGCGCAGGUGCACCCAAUGCCCAGAAGCAGCAGAGCGGGCAUCCUACGGUGCAGCAGCAGCAGAACAAAGAGGGGAGCCCCCGGAGCACGAACCCACAGAAGGUGCAACACCAUGCGGGUAUGCUGACCCAGGCACAGGCCCCUAAAAACAACAACCAGAAUGCCCAGAACUCUCAGGCUACACCCAACACCCAAAGCCCCCAGAAGGGCCAAGGCGCCCUGGGGGGAACCCAGGUGCCUGGUGGUGGGGCCAGAGGUGGACCCCAGCACAAUGCCAAGUGGAGGCGGAUGCAGGAGAAUAAAAAGGGGCGAAACAGGAGGACCCACGAGCAACAGAGACCCCCGCGGAGUGUCUGAGACACACACACAGCAACACACACACUUACACACAUAUUGUACAUUAAAAUAUAGACUUGCUAUCCCAUAAAGAUAUACUGUAGGAACCCACAUAAUGCAAUACUCAUGGUCAUGGACAUAUGCUCAUUCACACAUAAUAUGUAGACAGAAAAAUACCACCCCAAUGGAAUGCUCUAAAACAUACACGUUAAAGACACACACACACACACACACACACACACACACACACACACACACACACACACACACACACACACACACACACACACACAGCAAAUACCCUGUGAAGACUUGGAGAAGACUGGCGACUAACAGGACAUUGAAGACUGAGGCUAAACUGGAAUCGUAUGCGUACUGUACAUGCUAACCAUGUGGAUAUAGUGGCCCAGGGGGUACAAUUUGAGGAACUGUGUAGUCCAGAUCCGUGUUGCAAGGGGGACCGAGUUAUCUGGCGGACACAUAGCCCUCCUGUACAGACGCUACUUCCUUAUAGGACGGGGAUGGGGUUAAAAACAUUAAUUUUCAGUGAGGAUGAUACAUGUUACAUAUUCAGACCUCUGGACAAGUCUGGACAAUGGCCCCUACAGGACAUUUCAGAAGACAUUUCAGAAGGGAUUAAGACUUUAAAGUUCAGUAGGGACGUCCGUUACUGCAGCUACUGGCCUUGUUGACAUGCGCAGAAGGAAGAUGUCCACUAUAUAGAGACGGGAAGAACUAUAAGGAUAAAGAAUAAUGUGUCCAGUCGACUGCAAACUAGAACCGAAACACAUCAAAAGAAGCACAGUCAUUUUCAGAGAGUGAACUGCAAUUCCCACAAUACAGUUUGUCGGCUCAACUUUAUUCAACUGAUUCGAUUCACAACGACUCUCAUGAAUGAGCACUUUGGGCUUGUACAUAGAGCUUGACUGUCUUAUACGUCAAACAUAUUAAAAUGGGGCACAGUUAGCUGGUUAACAAUCCACAACGAUGCCCUGCAUAUUGUUUGUAGUUCAAUAACAGAAUUAUUCAAUAUAAAACGACAAAAUCCACAAUAGCCUGUGAUCUGUGGAGCAAAAUCAAGCUUCUCUUCCUCCCAAGGCUUGAAAAGCAUUGUGCAUGUCGUAGUCAAUCAAUGUUCAUGAUUUGAAUAAGCUAUUUCUCGCCAGUUACUCGCUAUGUAAGGUUUUUUUUAUGUUAAAGGAGUCCUAUGAAAGAAAAAUCUAUUUUCUGUUUUUAUUUGAUAUUUACUUCUCUCUCUCCAUACAAACCACUGUAUCCCUGUAGGGGUAAACAAUUACGUAGUAGAAUUUUUGACCUGUCCCUUUAAGUUAUUUUUCUUUCUUUGCUUUCUCCUGGAGUUGCGUGUGAACUUAUAAAUCCAGUCAUAUGUUCGUGCUCAGUCUGGAAAACAGACUGCCUAUUGAUUCUGUACAUAAACAUACAACAACAAAACGACUCUUUAUGUAUGUAAAUAUAUACAACCAGAACACCACGGAUUAUUUAUUUCUCAUUGUUUUGUGAAAGGGUUGCAUUUAUUUUUGAUAUUCUGGUAUUUUGGCUCAUCAAUAAUCAAGAAAAAGACUGCGGCACGUUGAGAAACACAAACGGACCAAUGAGGACGGACUUCCUCUGUCAAGGACUCCCUUUUUUUCCGGGGGGCGUGUUUUGGAAGUGAACCACGGUAUGAGAGUGGGAGCAGGGGGUUGUUGUGUGUUUUACAGUAUCCAGACCGAGAGCCUUCAGGAUGAUAAGCACAAGUUUCUCAAACCCUCUUCUACGUUUCUGUCUCUUCUGGUCUUUUCGUAAAUGGGUGAUUUUUCUACCCAGGAGGUGUUUUCAUUGAAGUUUGGAAUCCCAUCCACCUAUUUCAUUCGUUCAUCCCAAAUACUCAUUUUAUGUAAGAUAAUACUACCCAAAACCUGAUAAAACAUUAGCUGUGAAUUUCUAUGUAAGAACUAGUAAGGAAAAGGUUCAAAUCUAAACGUAGUCUGAGGACGCUGAGUUAAAGCUGCAUGUGAAUGCUACUUAAGUGCAUCUUUUCUAUUGUCUCUAGAUGUUUCCUGUGAGAGGUAAAAGUCCUGUAGGCAACAUGUGUAAGAGAGAUGUGAAUAUUAUUCCUUUUUGCCAAAACAAAGAUGCCAACAUGUACCAGGGGUGUAUUCACUAGGAACCAAACAGAAGCAAACAGGCCGAAAUGGGGAGGGACUAACCUGAACUUGUCCAAUAACAAACGCACAUUUUUGUUGCAAAUCGUUUUCUGUAGCUAAACGUUUUGCUAUGGUGUCUGCUAAUGAAUACACCCCAGUGAUGUUACUCCAACCCCAAAACUUGUAUUAAGACCUUCAACUUUUCAUACAACAAUGUGUUUCCCCCUCAGUAUACAACAAGCCUGAUGUGUCACUGCAAUAAUGGACAGCAGAUAGCAAGGUUUCCUGGUGGUUUGUGGUAUGUUUCCGGUCUCUCACGGUGUGUAGGGUGGACAAGGAGAGAACAGAUAUCCCUGCUGUAACAUGGUUCUUCCUGGCAUGCGUUCAGUUGUCUAAUUAAACAUUUCCUGUAAAACUUA